UUUGAUUUUGCGUAGUAAUGCAUCAUUAUUAUCGAUGCAGGUCUCUGCUGAUAAGAGGUCUGACACUGAGACAGAAAGUACAGUUCAUUUAGAUAAAGCUGGGAAGACAUCUGCAAAGAAGAAGAAAAACACUGCACUUCUAAGACCUGUGAUCUGCAUUUGUAAUGAUCUAUAUGCACCUGCUUUGAGACCACUGCGUCAAGUGGCCAAGGUUCAUGUAUUUGUACAGCCAACAGUCAAUCGCAUCGUAAGCAGGCUUAAAUAUAUAUGCAACAAGGAAGGAAUGAGGACAAGUUCUGUUGCACUUACUGCCCUUGCUGAAUACACUGAAUGUGACAUACGGUCGUGCUUGAACACUCUUCAGUUUCUCAACAAAAAGAAGGAGAUGCUCAAUGUGUUGGACAUCAGUUCUCAGGUGAUUGGUAGGAAGGAUACAUCAAAAAGUGUUUUUGACAUAUGGAAAGAGAUCUUUCAGAAGAGAAGAUUGAAGGGAGUAAGAAAGUCAAUCGAUGGCUGCAAAGGCAAGAUUAAUGAGUUUGAAUCUUUGCAUUCUCUGAUUUCUAAUUGUGGCAGCUAUGAUUUGAUAUUAGAUGGGAUCUAUGAGAACAUCCUGCAAUUAAAUUAUCAUGAUCCUGUGAUGAGAAAAACUGUCACAUGCUUACACAGUCUCGAGACUUCUGAUAUUCUUCAUCAGUAUGUUAUGCGCACACAAAAAAUGUCUCUUCAAGUUUAUCAGCCUGCCAUUGGAAUUGCUAUACACGGUGUGGUAUCUCAAGUAGAAAAACCUAAUAUUCAAUGGCCAAAAUCUUUUCAUAGAUACCGUACGACACUCAUUGAAAAAGUGGAGGCAUUGCACACAUGGCACAACAAAAUAUCACCAUGCAUUUCAAGACACAUAUCUACUAAAUCCUUCGUUGAAGAUUUGGUUUCCCCAUUGCUGCAUAUUUUGUCACCGCCAACUCUAAGGCCGGUGGCUUUGCAUUUAUUGUCAGAAAAAGAUAAGAAUGAGAUGGCCCAGUUGGUGAAGACAAUGGUGUCAUAUGCCAUAUCAUUUAGGAACAAAAAAGUUGACCCAUUACCUGGUAAACUGAAAUAUGAAGUUGCAACAGAAGCUCCAGUUCUUUCAUUUGAUCCCCCGAUUGGUGACUUUGUAAACUUUGAGGGCUACAGUAGUAAUUAUUUUAUUCUUGCCUCAGCUGUGAAGCAGGUUCUAUCUCAUGAGGUCGAAAAGCAAAAGAUACUACAAAGCAGCAUUAACAAAUCAAAGCACGAGUAUGAUAUCUCUGAUGGGAAAAAAACGCAUUCUACUGGAAAUGAGAAAUUGAAUAAACUUGACCGUGCACUGGAAAAUGCCAAGGGUACGGGCAACUUAAAAAGUCUCCCUGACCUCAAACAGCGUGAAAUACGUACUCCCACCAAUACUAUGGUCUCUGUUUCAGCAUCUGGAAAAAGUGAGACAUCAUCCAGUGAGAUAUUGAAAACCUCAGAAACUACAAAGAAGCGGAAAAACGGCUCUUUCAACUUCUUUGACAGGUUUAAAAGAGUGAGCGCCAAUGGUUCUCAAAUAACUGAACCUGUGAAAAAAGUUCCGGCGACGUCAGAGAGAGAUUCACGUCCAGUCCUAUUCAAGUACAACGAGGGGUUCACAAAUGCAGUUAAAAGGCCAGUUCGUAUGCAUGAAUUCUUUUUGCGACAUUGACAUCAAGGUUUUGCAUGUUUUUAUCUUCUUACGUUUAACAUCACUCUGAUGUUUUUUUGUUCGACGCAAAUUAUAUAGAAAUUUGUUUGUAGAUACGGUUAGUGUCAACAUAGUCGUUGUAAGUAAUUUAAAUAUUAUGAAUCUGCAAUGAUCACUUCGUGUU